AUGUUGGUGUGGCCGAUCCUGCUGACCUUGCUUCUGGCAGGUACCAGCCAUGGCAAAGCCGUGUUUGCUCAUUUCAUGAUCGGCAAUACUGGAAACUAUACGGGAAGUGAUUUUGAUGAUGAUAUUGCCAAAGCCAAAGAAGCCCACAUCGAUGCCUUUGCCCUGAAUAUGGCAAAUGACGACCCCGUCAACGAUGCAGCGGUAUCAAUAUUCUUUGAACAAGCCGAGAAACAUGGGUUCCAGUUAUUCUUUUCCUUUGAUUAUGCGGGUAAUGGGCCCUGGAAGAUGAGCGACGUGAUCAAUAUGAUCAACAACUACGGUGGGAAGGCUUCCUACUACCACUACGAGGGCAAGCCCUUAGUAUCGACCUUUGAAGGUCCUGCAAAUUCAGAUGAUUGGCUUGUCAUCAAGCAGUCCACAGGAUGCUUCUUUGUGCCAGACUGGUCGUCCUUGGGAGCCAAGCCAGCAAUAGAGCUGGGCACAGCGGACGGUCUUUUCAACUGGGCCGCUUGGCCAUGGGGAGGUCAAGAAAUGAACACUUAUGUUGACGCUUCGUACACCGAAUAUCUCGAUGGUCUUCCUUACAUGAUGCCGGCUUCCCCAUGGUUCUAUACGAAUCUUCCGGGAUAUAAGAAGAAUUGGCUGUGGCGUGGGGACAACUUGUGGUAUGACCGGUGGCAGGAAAUUUGGUAUCUCAAGCCACCGUUCGUUCAAAUUAUCUCCUGGAACGACUAUGGCGAGUCUCACUAUAUCGGACCACUGCGAGACUAUGCCAUGGAGGCCUUCGACAUUGGCCGAGCUCCCUACAAUUAUGUUGAGGACAUGCCUCAUGAUGGCUGGCGGCUCUUUCUUCCUUUUUUGAUCGAUACCUAUAAAUACGGGAAAGCGACAAUCAAUAAAGAGGGGCUGACUGUUUGGCAUCGACCGCAGCCUGCGUCCGCAUGCAACUCAGGGGGAACCUCUGGUAACACUGCGAGUCAACUUCAAAUUGAGUUUCAUCCAACCGAGAUCGUACAGGACCACAUCUUCUUCUCUGCUCUCCUCAGUGCUCCGGCAACCAUCACCGUCAGUAUCGGUGGAGUUUCUCAGGAAGCCAGCUGGACUUGGCAACCAGAUGGAGGUGUCGGUAUCUACCAUGGUAGUGUUCCUUUCGGAUCUAGCUUGGGGGACGUCGUCGUCACCCUAUCGCGCUCUGGGAAGCAGAUUGCCCAGGUCCGGGGCAGCUCCAUAUCCACGGAUUGUGUGAAGGGGUUGACAAAUUGGAAUGCCUGGGUCGGCAGUUCCAGUGCCAGUGAGAGCGUCAAUGCGAAGCCGGAAACGAACCUUUUCAAUCAGAAAUGUGUCAAUGGCACCGGAGCCGAUAACUUUGCUGGCCUAUGUGAGUUUGGUUGCAAGUAUGGCUACUGUCCUCUCGGUGCCUGUUACUGCCAGCUCCAAGGCGAACCACGUAAAACACCCAAUGCGACCGGCCCCAUGGGCUAUCCUCGGGAAGGACUCGAUGCCAGCUAUAGCGGUCUCUGCGCGUUUGACUGUCCUCAUGGAUUCUGUCCAGAUACCGCAUGCAACACCGUCUCUGCACCGCUGUCCACUCCCACUGUUUCACCCUUCCUACCUCCGGCAUGCAUUGGUGGCACAGGGGAAGGCAAUCUCGCCGGCCUUUGUGACUUUGCCUGCAACUUGGGAUUCUGCCCUAUCAAUGCGUGCACAUGUACUGCCAAAGGUGCUCUUCACACACUCCCUGAUGCAACAGAAAUGGUUGGUGAAGCUGGCCCAGGGAUGGAUGAAGCUGUUUAUGGGCCCCUUUGCGAGUUCACCUGCAAGUAUGGAUACUGCCCCGAAGGUGCAUGUGCCGUGUCUACCUCUACUGGAGGCGAUGGUAAGGGCUCCGGUGAGGUAUAUGUAGAUCCAGGCAUCUUCCUGAAACCUUCCCCUGUUGUCGGGUGCAUUCCGCCUUGCACGUUGAUAAUGCCAGACCUUCUCCUAAAUGGCCCAACGACUAUCUAUUUCUUACCAGUGCCUACGUCCAUUGCCUUAGGACCAACCACUAUCAAGACUGUUUACCCCAGCCCCAUUACCACCACAGCGAUGAGUUAUUUCAAUAUGCCUGUCGGCGGCGGGCAGACGAGACCCUUCUCCUUCUACCUGACUCCAAGCUAUUCUCCCGACCCCGUCACGUUGGAGGCGGGCGGUACUUCCACCACACUCUUCCUGCCUCCAGUCUCUGUCCGGUCGAACCCACCGGACGGUGGAAUUUUCCCGUCUCUCUCCGAUCUCGCAACUUCUACAGUCAUAACCACCACACUCCCUGUCCAGACUUCAGCGGCCACCUCCGCUACCUCGACGACAGUUGUUCCGGUAUGGGUCCAGGCCGGGGGUUUCUAUUGGUCUCCAGUACCCAAGCCUACCCCUAAGCCGGGGCAUAUACCCGUGCCUCCACUGCCCUCGUUUCCUCCCAUCCCAACCGCAUCAUGCUUCAAACUAUUCGAUCUAUUCUCAAUCGACUGUCCCCCCAACCGAUUCCUUCCAACAACCACUUUCAGUAGCCAGGCCCCGUCCCCAACCUGUACCGAUAUCAAUAGUCCCGGGUGCGGACAUCGCUGUACCUCGAACUGUGGUAGCAGUUCUAGCGAGGAGUGCACUACGCAAACAGCGACCAACUACUGGGUCACUUGCUCUGGCACCAGCUGCUCCACCACAAGAACGGCCACUUUUGCUGGAUGUUCAGUAACCAAUUCGGCCACAACAACGGGCAAGGGGCGAAUGGAUAUCCCCCCCCGAACGACUUCGACCAUCACUACCAGUAUCCCAGAAAUUGUCAUCGUCGGGGGCGAACCAUAUACGGUAACGGGGGGUGCCAUCAACGUCGAUGGCACGACUAUCCGGGUGCCGAACGUGGGCGGCAACGAACAGCUAUUCAGGAACGAUGGUCGUGCCGGUGUUCCCAACGGCCAAGCCGACUUCCGACUCAAAGCCUGA